AUGUUUUUUCUAUAUUAUACCUAUCUAUCUACCCAUCUUUUCUGUAAAUUAUUAUAUCUAUCUAUCUAUCUUUUAUAUUAUCUAUCUAUCUAUCUAUCUAUCUAUCUAUCUAUCUAUCUAUCUAUCUAUCUAUCUAUCUAUCUAUCAUCUCAUUUUCUCCCUCAAUAUCUAUCUAUCUAUCUAUCUAUCUAUCUAUCUAUCUAUCUAUCUAUCUACUAUCUAUCUAUCUAUCUAUCUAUCUCAGUCUUUUCAUAUCUAUAUAUCUAUCUAUCUAUCUAUCUAUCUCAGUCAUUUUCAUAUCUAUAUACCUAUCUAUCUACCUAUCUAUUUCAGUAUUGUUCUAUCUAUCUGUCUUUUCAUAUCUAUCUAUAUAUCUAUCUAUAUCUAUCUAUCUAUCUAUCUAUCUAUCUAUCUAUCUAUCUCAUCUUUCAAUCUAUCUAUCUAUCUAUCUACAAAUCUAUUUCAUCUAUCUAUCUAUCUAUCUGUCUUUUCUAUCUAUCUAUCUAUCUAUCUAUCUAUCUUAGUUUGUUCAUAUCUAUCUCAGUCUUUUCAUCUAUCUAUCUAUCAUCUAUCUAUCUAUCUAUCUAUUAUAUCUAUCUAUCUAUCUAUCUAUCUAUCUAUAUACCUAUCUAUCUCAAUCACUAUCUAUCUAUCUAUCAUAUCUAUCUAUCUAUCUAUCUAUCUAUCUAUCUAUCUCAGUCUUUUCAUAUCUAUAUACCUAUCUAUCUACCUAUCUAUUUCAGUCUUGUUAUAUCUAUCUGUCUUUUCAUAUCUAUCUAUCUAUCUAUCUAUCUAUCUAUCUAUCUAUCUAUCUAUCUAUCUCAGUCUUUUCAUAUCUAUAUACCUAUCUAUCUACCUAUCUAUUUCAGUCUUGUUAUAUCUAUCUGUCUUUUCAUAUCUAUCUAUCUAUCUAUCUAUCUAUCUAUCUUAGUUUGUUCAUAUCUAUCUCAGUCUUUUCAUAUCUAUCUAUCUAUCUAUCUAUCUAUCUAUCUAUCUAUCUAUCUAUCUAUCUAUCUUAGUUUGUUCAUAUCUAUCUCAGUCUUUUCAUAUCUAUCUAUCUAUCUAUCUAUCUCAUCUUUUCAUAUCUAUCUAUCUAUCUAUCUAUCUAUAUCUAUCUUAGUUUGUUCAAAUCUGUCUAUCUCAGUCUUUUCAUAUCUAUCUAUCUAUCUAUCUAUCUAUCUAUCUAUCUAUCUAUCUAUCUAUCUAUCUAUCUAUCUAUUUCAGUCUUUUCAUAUCUAUAUCCCUAUCUACCUAUCUAUUUCAGUCUUUUUAUAUCUAUCUCAGUCUUUUCAUAUCUAUCUAUCUAUCUUAGUUUGUUCAUAUCUAUCUGUCUAUCUCAGUCUUUUUAUAUCUAUCUGUCUAUCUAUCUGUCUAUCUAUCUAUUAUCUAUUUCAUAUCUAUUUAUCUAUCUAUCUAUCUAUCUAUUUAGUCUUUUUUAUAUCUAUUUAUCUCUUUUUAUCUAUCUAUCUAUCUAUCUUUUAUCUAUCUAUCUAUCUAUCUAUCUAUCUAUCUAUCUAUUUCAUCUUUUAUAUCUCUUUCAUAUCUAUCUAUCUAUCUAUCUAUCUAUCUAAAUAUCUAUCUAUCUAUCUAUCUAUCUAUCUAUAUUAUUAUUUUCAUAUCUAUCUAUCUAUCUAUCUAUGA